UGCGCAAGUGCGUGGUGCGGAAAGGUUCUUCCGGACAGUCAGGCACGCUGGGAGGAAGAUAAGACGGAGUUGCUUUUGUAAUCCGGAUCAAGCUAAGUCCUGGUAGCUGCCGCGCAGGGGGAUUUAGGAAGCUCCGCUGGCGCUCAGCUGCUUCCCUGGAGGUUUGGGCUCCGGGCCGCUCAUUCCAUCGGUAUCUUUAGCAGUAAACAUCUGGAUCUUGGUAGGAAGAUUUGGAUGAAGCCAUGACAAGAUGGGCUCGAGCAAGUGUCACUCAUAACAAGAAGGCUCUGGAUGCAACACCAUGGGAUGAUCUGAAGAAUAGGGCUGCUAGGACUGUGGAAACAAAUAAAAAGCAAAGCUCUUCAGACAGAUUUUCUUUAAAGAGCAACCAAGUGAAAAAGAAAAAUAAGAAGAAAAAAGACUAUCUGAAUGAAGAUGUCAAUGGCUUUAUGGAAUACUUAAAACAGAACUCACAGAUGUUGCAUAAUGGCCAAUUGAUCAACAGUCAUCAGGCAAAGGAAGAAAUAGCAACUGCUUUGAAAAAGGACAAGCGGCGAGAACAGAGAAGAGUGAAGCGGCAGGAAAUUAAGAAGAACGUGAUGGUGUGCUUCCACUGUCGAAAGCCAGGUCACGGGGUUGCAGAUUGCCCAGCUGUUCUUGAAAGCCAAGACAUGGGAACUGGAAUUUGUUACCGAUGUGGCUCUACCGAACAUGAAAUCAACAAAUGCAAAGCGAAAAUAGAUCCAGCUCUUGGGGAAUUUCCAUAUGCAAAAUGUUUUAUUUGUGGGGAAAUGGGCCAUCUCUCAAGGUCAUGUCCUGAUAAUCCUAAAGGACUUUAUGCUGAAGGAGGGUCUUGCCGGAUUUGUGGAUCUGUGGAGCACUUUAAAAGAGACUGCCCGGAAAAUCAAAACUCAGAUCGAGCAGUAACUGUUGGUCGGUGGGUCAAAGGAAUGAGUGCAGAUUAUCAAGAAGUUCUAGAAAUCCCUGAACCACAAAAAGGAAAACCAAAAGUACCUAAGAUUGUUAACUUUUGACCAUUCUUAUUCUCUAUAAUACUUCUCAAUAUAUGACUCAAAAUAAAAAUUGCAAGUUUUUGAAGAUGCCAAAACUACAUGUUGUCUUCUAAGUAUUGAUCCAGUGAUAAAAUCUAUCCUAAAUGGAAACUUCUUGGAGAGGAAAGAAGAGCCUUUCCACAGGCUAUUGCAGCAACUGACUGGCUGGCCGGCCCAUUAGCUUUGAACCCAAAGGAAAUCUUUCCAAAUAUUGCAUAAUCAGUUGGCCUUUGCUCAGUAAAAGGAAUACUCAGUUGAGGAAGGAUUUGGUCAACUCUAUGUUUAUAAGUAAGAUUAGUUCUUUGAUAGAAUACACCUUAAAAUUAAGUCUUCUUUUAAUAUAUGUAUCCUCUGAAAUCCCAGCCAUGGAUAUAAAAUGAAGAUAACCAAGUGAAAAAUAUUUGCAUACAUAGAUUCCUCCCUCCCUCGCUCCCAAUAGCAGAACUGUAGCAUGAAACGUAGUACAAAUUACUUGGGCUUUUUGUUCAAUCAUUUCUUCCUUUUCAAAUAGUCUAGUGAAUAAAACUGUUUUUUAAAUUAUAUUCUUGGGACAUCAUCUUCAACUCCUGUUGAAAUCAGCUGGAAUUUAAAUAGCUAUAUAUUGUACACUUUGAAACAACAAAGCAAUUUCUGGUUUGAUUUCUUCCAUAUCAUGAAAUUUAUAUUAAUCUCAAUUUCACUUUCACUUAGCAUAUCUUAAAUACCCUUCAAUCUCUGUUCUAAAGAUGGGAACUGAUAUGUCCAACUGCAUGAAUUUGUUCAUUUUGAAAACUGUAUCAGGGUUUAUAAUUUUUUUCUAUUGAAAAAAGCAUUAUUUUAGAAUAUAUUGAACGUAUAUUAAUUAAAUAACAUACUCUUCCUUUUGGAAUGCCUUAAUUUAGAAUGCCUUAAUGUAAAAAAAUCAGAAAAAUCUUUAGGUUGUUGUGUACUAGAGUUAAGGUACCAUGCAAAUAUUUUAAAGAUUAUGACAGAAAUAAAAUAGCUCAAUAGCAAUACAUGAUUUUUAAAAAAAGAUUAUUAUAGAAGCAAAAUCACUGAGGUCUGAAGUGUACCUGUUACUUUUUAUUAUAUACAAUGUUCUCUUUUGUUACAUUCCUACAGUAGAAUAUAAAAAGAGCAGAAUAUCACAAUUCAAGAGAAAAACUAGACUAUACCAGAUAUUUAAACAUGUCUGUAAGUGGGCAUAUCUUCCAUUUUUUGUCACUCUGCAGAUGUGGGGAAAUGGGGAAAAUCUGUGCUAGUAAUUAAAUCUAUCUCAAUAAAAUAUUUGCUUAAGACUGCAGAUUCGGAUAUACCAAUCAAUUGCCAUAAUUUCACAUACUUCUGUUCCUACUAUGCAGAGCAGAGAAGCCUAUUUAAAGAAACAUUCUUAUCCUAUUGAUCAGAUAUUGUAAUAGAAAAUAAUUUAUAUUUAUCUGUCAUUUUUGUUAAUAACAUAUUUUUUUAAAUCGCCUGAUUCAUUAUACAGAAAUUUGUGCCAAAAUGCCUUGCACAGAAAUACAAUUGCAAGAUUGUGAAAUAUAUAUGGUCCUGACUAUGUUCCCUCUAAUACAUACAUGUUAUAAUAAAUAAAUAACAAAUUUAUU